AUCCGCAAAGGCGAAGCUGUUGCGAUCCCGGUAUGGGCGAUUCACCGCAACCCUAAGUACCACCCGAACCCUGAUAACUUCGACCCUGAGAGGUUUUCUGAAGAGAACAAACACAAGAUCCAGCCAUAUACCUACAUGCCGUUUGGACUUGGACCCAGAAACUGCAUCGGUUCCAGAUUCGCCCUCUGCGAAGUGAAAGUUGUACUGUAUCAGCUCCUGAACUCCUUCGAAGUAUCACCAUCGAACCAAACAACUAUACCUGCUAAGUUGGAUCCUCACUCGCUCCUAAUUUCCAUAAAGGGAGGUCAUUGGGCCCGAUUUAACACUCGGAAAACUGUUUAAAUGAAAAUGUAUACAAACGUUCAAAAAAUUGUAAAACAUAACAUU